ACUCUGCCACAUGCGUCUGGCUCAAGUGUCCAACCUCCGCUGUAGAGGAUUUUAGGCACACCUACUUGAAGCGGGGAUCUAAACUGUCUUUACUUUCACUGCUAACAGAAGAUCGGCUGUGAGAGGAAAAUGAUUUUCAUGGAUAUACUUUCUCACCCUUUUUGGGCCAUUUCAACGGCGCUGCUGGCUCUUGUUGUGCGCUUACAGCGGAGAGCCCUCUGGGAUCCAAAAGCGUGCGCGGUGCGGCUCACAGGGAAGACUGCGAUUGUGACAGGAGCCAAUACAGGCAUUGGGAAGUUCAUCGCCCUGGACUUUGCACGCCGUGGGGCCCGUGUUAUCCUGGCAUGCAGAAGCGAGUCCCGGGGGACAGCAGCAGUAAAUGAAAUCAGGCAAAUUACAGGAAACACAGACGUCCAUCUGCGCCUGGUUGAUCUCUCCUCUAUGAAAUCUGUCAGAGACUUUGCAAAGAGAAUACUUGAGGAAGAAACAGCUCUCCAUAUCCUCGUUAACAAUGCAGCAGUAUCAGGUUUGCCAAAGCAAAUCACCAAAGAUGGGUUUGAGGCUUCUUUUGCCACCAACCAUCUGGGACCAUUUCUGCUCACCAACCUGUUGCUGGACCUGUUGAAGCGCUCUGCUCCAGCCCGGAUCGUCACCGUCAGCUCAGUCAACCACAAGAGGGGAGAAGUAGACUUCUCUCACUUUCAUGGCAAGAACCUUGUUCAUUACAUGGAUCAAGUCUACAACCACACAAAGCUACAUAAUAUCAUCUGUACCAAUGAGCUGUCACGCAGGCUACGGGAGACAGGUGUCACCGCCAACUCUGUGCACCCUGGUGUUGUCAUGACAGAAGUGAUGAGACACUAUCCAUUCUGGAUCCGUUAUCCUUUUAACCUCAUUGGAUUUUUCUUUUUCAAGUCUCCAGAGGAGGGUGCGAUCAGCGCAAUCUACUGUGCUGUGGCAGAAGAAAUGGAGGGGGUAACUGGGAAAUAUUUUGACAGCGACUGCUCCCUGGUUCUUCCUGCCCCUUUAGCUCGAGACCCAGCCCUCGCGGUCAAGGACUUCGACAUCUGUGAGAGACUGACAUCAAAGCUGUGAAACAACAAUCUGGCAACGCUUAAUAAGAAGAAGUCAAAGCCCUCCCUGCUCUUGUUGACUGUGAUAAUCUGAUCAAGUGUGAGGAUCUUUCUUGAGAUUUCAGGUGAAACGUUUUUAAUAAACAUAUUUAAAUAA